AUGAAUUACGGAAGUGAAAUUCAACCGAAGAAUUCCAGGCAGCCGUUGGUUCAGGGACAGAAAGUGGCUCUUUCUCAGCAGACAAAUCCAGCGGCCGUCUCCAUCGCUACGGCAGUUAGAUACAACAAGUUGCUUAAACAAAGACAAGGAAUCAACAGCUCGAAUAACUCGCAGCAUGAUUUUUUCAGAUACAAAAGAUUUGUGAGGGCAUUGGAAAGUGAAGACUAUAAAAGGCAGAGUGAUAAGAGACCGGAUGUUCUACCAGCCAUUGAGGAUGACGAAGGCGCCCAGAAGAUUUUUGUGAUGAUGAUACAAAAUCAGCUUGUGCUACCUGUCCGUAAGUUGAAGACGAAAGAAGCCAAAGAUAGGGGAAUCAAAGUGACGAAAACCUCACCAGCUUUGGAGGUUAUACAUAAGGCAGUCCUUCAAGGGGAUGUUUAUUAUAUGUGGAACUUUACCCCAGCCAAUCCAUACCUAUGGAUCUAUUCGAUUUUAGGGUUGGUAGCAGUCUUUGGGGUGAUAUUGUUCCCAUUGUGGCCUAUUUGGAUGAGAAAAUGUGUUUGGUACUUGAGUACGGGAAUGUUGGCGUUAAUCGGUGUCUUCUUUGGCAUCGCUAUCAUCCGGUUGAUCAUAUACAUAGUGACAUGGGUGGCUCUGCCUCAACAGUUUUGGUUGUUCCCCAACCUAUUUGCCGAUUGUGGUGUUAUUGAGAGUUUCAAGCCUCUCUAUGAAUGGAAGGAUCCAAGUAAGGGUGGAAAGCAUAAGCACAAAGAUGACAAAACUAAGGGAGCUAUAACUGAAGUUAAGACAAAUACAGCUGAGACUGCAGCUGGUACUACAACUUCGUCUUCUGUUUCAGACGCAACUACUGGAACCUCGUCUGUUCUUAGCAAAAAGCGCAUCGCUACAGUAGUUGAUCUUGACGAUAGCGACAAUUAG